UUACGUAAGAGGGAGAGCAAUGGGGACGGGCAGGGACGGAGCUGUGGGCUGAGGUUCCUCCACUCGGCCAAGUUCCUUCUCUCUGCCCCCACCUGCUCUGGGCUUUCUUGGCUGUGUCUGCUCCUGACAGAAGGGAUGUGUGUUGCCAGGGGUGGGGGCUUGGCAUGUGUGCGUGCGAGAGUAUGUGUGUGUGUUUAAAAUACAAAAAAAAAGAAGCGUGCCUAUACUCAGCCGCGAGACGCUGGCCAGCCUCCAUCCGUGCCAACUCCUCUCCGAGCUGGCACUGGGGACUCCAGAGGCACGGGGAGGAGGAAGGUGCGGGCAGCGUGCGGUGAGGAUGGACGCGUGCCACCGACGUAUGCCAGCGGCUGCAUGGGGCCAAACGCCCAUCCACAAAACCCACCGCGAUCGCUGGCAGCCGUGGCGGGAGGCGGCAGCAGUUGGCAGAGGUGCCAGGGACGGCCGGCUGGGGCAGGUGGAUCCUGGCAGCGGCAGCGCAGCUGCCCCUGCACAGGGCUGGUCUUUGUCAGGGGCACAGCCUUGCCCGGCCACAGCGGAACAGGGGACCCUCCCGCCUGCUGCAGCCCUCCUCCCUCCACCUCCGAAUUUCACAGUCCCUGCUUCCCGCGCUGCCGUGGAGCUCCCUAGAGACUCCUGCCAGAUGUUCCUGGCGGCCCCACGUCGCUUCCCUAAUGAAAUAUUCAUGGGCCUUUCUGCCUCUUGACAUAAAGCCUUCUGCAGCUCCACACACCAUGGAGAGUGAGCUGGCCUCCCAACAAACCCUAGGAAGGAGUGGGCGCCCACCCUGGGCGCCCACUGUGCCUCCCGUGACAGUGGCUGGGCCUCUGCCUCCCCUUUGCUCUGCUAAGGGUCAGGGGUCCAGCUGCUGCGCCCUCCCCCAGCCCAGAGGCCUCCCUGUCACCUCUGCCACUCGACAGCCCAGUGCCAGGUGUGUGGGCACAUCAGCCCUGGAGCUGGGCUCUGAAGGGAGGGCAGCUGCCACCCCGCAUAGGAGGGUGCCAGCGCCUGUGUGUCCAGGACCACCCUCACAGGUCCGGGGAGGAGGAACUCUCCCUACCUCUUCAUUCAGUACCUUGGUGGCCGAGGGCUCCUUACCCCACGCCAACAAGACCGGGCUCCUGGAGUCCACCUUGCCCCUAGCUGUGUGGUGGCCAGCCCCGCCUUGCAGUCACCUGCCGUCAUCCGUCCACACCUCCGUCCGUGCGCUCACGCACACACUGUCGGCACCACACCAGGUUCCGUGCGUGGAGAUCAGACUUCGUGACGUUGAGCAAAACCACCCCAGCCUUGCACUCCAGGUGUUCACGCCAGCACCCCCCCAGGCCAUGUGGGCGGCGGACCUCGUGGCAGGGCUGGUGAGGCCAAGAAGUACAAGGUGGAUGGAAAGUUCCAGGGCCUGGGAGCUGUGUGAGGAGUACAAAGCGGCUGGGACAGCCUCAGCUUCCACAUUUCGGGAGAUAGAAGUGCAGAGAGGCCACAGAGCCAGAAAAAAAGCCGCCUGGGCGCGUCUAUCCUGGAGCCCCGGCAUCGUCACCAGGGCCACACAAGCAGCCAGGACCCUCCCGGGAACCAGCUCCCUCACUGGGACGCCCCAGCCCCUCCUGAGCUCACUGACGCGGGAUCCGGCCAGUCCCAGCCGCCUUGCUCCCUGA